UUGCGAUUACCAAUAGCAGAAGACGAGUAGAGCGGUCCAAAAUGGAAGCCCAAUGGGCUAAAUUAGAAAUGAGAGCUGAAAAUUCAAUCCAAGAAGCAGGGGUUCCUUAUACUUUCGGGUCUCUGCCCACAAGAUCAUGUCUGCCGUCAGCCUCUGCCUCUGGAACCGUGGCUUCGCUAACCGAAUUAUUCUCGCAAAAUUUCUCAAGGUUGAUUAAAGUUAUUAUUCCAAUUUAUACAUUAACGCUAGCAAUUCAUGCCAAGUGGAGUCGCAGAUGGAAGCAGUGAAGGUUGAAGGUGUUGGUCCAGAAUCAGAAGUGGAAGAUUUAGGGCGAUGCAUUGAUGAAAUUUCCACCACUGUCAUUCAGCUUGAGCAAAGAGUCAAUGAUGUUGAACAGUUCUACAUGACUACAGAUAAUAUGCAGCUGACUACUACCAAAUGUUCUUCUGCUUUUAAGGACAAAGUCAAGGAAAAGCAGCUUAGUAGCAUCGAGAAGCAGCAGCAAGAAGCAUCACAUAGAGAGGCAGCUGCUCUGAAGAGAAUGCAGGAUCUUAUGCAUCAAUUUGCCAUGAUUUUACGCCAGAUCACUCAGCACAAAUGGGCGCGCCCUUUUAUGCAUCCUGUUGAUGUUGAAGGUCUUGGUUUGCAUGACUAUUAUGAGAAGCCUAUGGACUUUGGUACAAUAAAAAGUAAGAUGGAGGCUAAGGAUGAUACUGGGUACAAGAAUGUACGCGAAAUUUAUGCUGAUGUUAGAUUAGUGUUUAAGAAUGCAAUGAAAUACAAUGAUGAAAGACAUGAUGUCCAUAUAAUGGCCAAAACUUUAUUGGAAAAAUUUGAGGAGAAGUGGCUGCAACUUUUGCCUAAAGUUGCUGAAGAGGAGAAAAGACAGGUUGAGGAGGAUGCAAAGGCUGAGCUAGAUAUGAAGCUGGCACAAGAGGCAGCUCAUGCUAACAUGGCCAGAGAGUUGAGCAAUGAACUUUGCGAGAUUGAUUCGCAAUUGGAUAAACUCAGACAGAGAGUCAUUCAGAAAUGCAGAAAAAUGUCAACUGAAGAGAAAAAGAAACUUGGGACAGCUCUCACCCGAUUGUCGCCUGAAGAUCUUAGUAAGGCUCUGGAGAUAGUUGCUGAGAACAAUCCAGGCUUUCAACCAGCAGCCCAAGAGGUGGAUCUUGACAUAGAUGCCCAGAGUGAAUUAACUUUGUGGAGAUUAAAAGUUUUUGUUCAAGAUAAACUAAAACUUGCUGGAAAGUGCUCUGAAGUUGUGGAUUGCAGCAACAUAAAUAACAAUGAGAAUACCAUCAAGAGCAACUCCAAAAGAAAAAGAGAGAUAUCUGAUGCUCUUACAAAGAAUGCUAUAAAGAGGACUCGGAAGCUGUCUCAUAACUCAUGAGCAACAGUUGCAGGCUCGUAUUAUACCGUCUUCUUGCUUAAACUUGGAUUUGAAGUUGCUCAGCUGCUUAGUAAUGAAGUGUAAUCUAGUGAGAAUUGGAGUUUGCUGGUGGCAGAACUUGUUGAGACUAUUUAAAGGUACAUAGAUUACAGAACCUUGUACUUUCUUAUCUUGUCAUAUAUAAUUGAAGGGUAGUUAAUGAUGAAUUUUCUUUGGUUUUUAACAAGCUUUGGUAUCCGCACAUUGCAGCGGUAUUACAAUUAUAGAACCAGAAUUUUUAAUAUUAUUGUCAAGUUGUUGAGGGACUGAUUGGGAUUGUUUUUUGUUUCAAUUUAGAAAAAAAAUGAAAGUAAAAACAUGUUU